UCAUCUCCGUCAAAGCAAAUAUCCGUGUCGGUUAAGGAACUAUGAUAAAGACAUAUUGUUAGCGUAAAACUUGAACGUCCGUUUUGAGAACAGUAUUCUCCGGUUCGAAUCCCUGGCGGACAAAGUCGUGCCUGUAGUGAGUAUAACUACAUUGCGCAGUGGGAAAUUGGUGAGCACCAGUGUGACAUUUGUACGCGUGUGCGUUGUCAGCACUAGUGUUACACAUAAUCUUACCGCCAAAAGGAGAGACUGCCGGUGAAAUAGGACGUUCUAGCCGGCAACUGAUGUGAGACGAACGGUCAAUGAAUGCGGCAAACCAAUAACUGCUGUGCAUGAACAUACUCAACUGCGAGGAUAGACGAGACGGCGCGGCUGCCGGCCAAUGUACGGCCGUUAAUCAUUCCUUGGCUGCCCUGGCUGCUAGCACCACUCCCGCCAGCGCCACUCUGGGCACACUUCGUGCUGAAGUCAUCGAAGAGAUACACGGUGCCUCGCGGACUGACUUCGGUCUCACGUGCGAUGGGCUUGUAUGUCAGUUUUGGAGAGUGCUGGAUAACUGCGUGAGGAUACAUAUGCCUAUUCAUAUAUAUAUAUAUAUACAUACAUACAUAAAGCCAAACCAGCAAACUGCGAGAGGAGUGAGGGAGCUGUCAUCUGGGCCCUCUGCCUCACUCAACUCUCCCUGAUAAUCUUUUAAUCCGGUUGAAUCAUCUAAAUAAGGGUAUACUUUACAUGGACUUCAACGAGCGAGUGUCUUCGCCGGAACUUCUUUAGUAACUUGGAUUGUGUCUGUUUCUCAUCUUUGCAUUUUUUCGCCUUGGAUUUAUAACGUAAGAUGAAGAUCUGGAGACAUGGGCAAAAAAAAUAGCAAACUGAGAGCGGACGAAGUGGAGGAACUGACAAAGAGGACAUACUUUUGUGAAGAGGAAAUAAAACAGUGGUACAAAGGUUUCAUGAAGGAUUGUCCAGAUGGACGGCUAACACUAGAGGGAUUCAAAAAAAUAUAUAAGCAGUUCUUUCCGUUUGGUGAUCCGAGCAAGUUCGCCACAUUCGUAUUCAACGUCUUCGACGAAAACAAGGAUGGUUUCAUCGAGUUUCACGAGUUUCUGCAGGCUUUAUCAGUCACGUCGAGAGGAAACGUGGACGAAAAAUUACAAUGGGCGUUCCGAUUGUAUGACUUGGACCACGAUGGUUACAUAACACGGGAGGAACUUUUAGACAUUGUCGAUGCAAUUUAUAAAAUGGUGGGCAAUAUGGUUAAGCUACCAGAGGAGGAAAAUACGCCAGAAAAAAGAGUUAAUAAAAUAUUUGAAGUCAUGGAUCAGAAUCAUGACAACCGGUUGACGUAUGACGAGUUUUUAGAAGGAUCGAAAAAAGACCCAACGAUAAUCCAGGCGUUAACAUUAUACGAUACAAGCAAUAGCGGCUCCAUGACUUCAUGAAACAAGCGUUGUUAUUGGACAAACAGAUUGUCAUUUUAACCAAUCAUAUGUCGUAUAUAUUGCUGCACCAUGUUUGUACAAACCCUUAACUUGUCUCUAUUUGGCUGCCAUGAUUCAACUCUUAGUUUUGGAAUCAUUUAAAAAGACGUAAAUCUUACAAAAAUUUUCAAAGCGUCAUUUAUUUCACCCAGUGACCCUCCUUUCCAACGGGCUCAUGUACAAACUAACAAGGUACGACGGGGGAGGUAAGUUUCGGUCACACUGGUUAUCUCUUCUCGUGUGGUGACAAUUCCGAUCGUUAAGGCAAGACUUUGGCAAGUGACACAGUGUUUAUCAAGCGUUGUACAGCGUAUUUUCUCUGUUUUUAAUGCUCAAGUCAUUGAAGGAUGACAACUAAGAGGCUAUUCCAUUCAAAUUUAUGUGCCACUUAUGUGUCCUUACUUGUAAAGGCUACUUUACUUAGGCUUUGUGUCUAAAUAAAGCUACUUACCCUGCCAUAGAUAUGAAAAGUUUGACAUUUAAAAUGUCAGUACGGUAUUUAUACAGAAUUUGCCUUCAGUGCGGCGGGAGAGAUACUGUCCCACAAUGAUACACGUGUAACCUAUCCUGAGGGUAAUAAUACAGGGGUACAUGUAGAGAUGAUGGUAAAAUAUGUGUUUUUAUACCUGGGUCAUUAUUUGACGCUCUUAGCCUCGCGUGCUCGUUCAUACAUAGCUACAUAUAUAUUGUCAUUUCUUUUAUCAUUGGAUAUUGGUAUUGUAUUAUUUUACAUCUUUUCUUUUAUUAUCGCUCACAGGUCAAUCUUUACAAUAAAAAACCUGACUGUGUUGGGUGAGAUAUCCAGGGUGUGUCCUCUUGUCACAUCACCAUAUUUAUCACAGGCGAAUGCUGCACGUUUCUGGUAGAUUUGCUACAGUAUGUGUCUAUAUCAUCCUUCAUGCAAGACACCAACGUUGCGGUGAACACUCUCCGCUCUAAAUCCUCGCAGUAAACACUACCCACGUCAUGUGUGCCCUCACUCCUCGCAGUAACACUAUCCACGCCACGUGUGCCCCCACUCCUUACAGUAAACACUACCCACGCCAUGUGUGCCCUCAGUCCUCGCAGUAAACACUACCCACGCCAUGUGUGCCCUCACUCCUUGCAGUAACACUACCCACGCCAUGUGUGCCCCCACUCCUCGCAGUAAACACUACCCGCGCCAUGUGUGCCCUCACUCCUCGCAGUAAACACUACCCACGACAUAUGUGCCCCCACUCCUUACAGUAAACACUACCCGUGCCAAUUGUGCCCCCGCCCCUCACAGUAAACACUACCCACGCCAUAUGCGCCCCCACUCCUCAUAGUAAACAUCACAUAUGCCAUGUAUGCCCCAGUUCCUCGCAGUACACACGCCAGAUAUGCCUUCACGCCUUACAACAAAUAAAAGACACAGUAAACAAUACAAAACGGCUAGACUCCCCUCAAUCACGAUAACAUUCUUCUCACAAUAAGAAACACCCCCACAACAAGACACACCCCUCACAACAAGGCACACCCCUCACAAUAAGAAUAUGCCCUCCUCUUAGAAUACGAAUCUCCCCUCACAACAAGACACACCCCUCACAACAAGGCACACCCCUUACAAUAAGAUAAUCUCCGCACAAUAAGACACACCUCUCACAAUAAGCCAUUCCUCUCACUGUAGAACACUUCCCUCACGGCAAGACACUCCACUCAGGAUAAGACACUCCCAUCCCUGUAAAAUGACCCGGUAAGCAUACUAGCACAUCAUAUUCUCUACAGGGUUCCAUCACCUGUCCACUAAGUAUUAUCAUUUAUCCCGUAACUAUUUUUGAUAGAACCAUAGGACGUAAUGUUAAGUACUGAUGUGUUUUGACUUUGUUGCAUGUACAUCUCAAUAUGCAUAGCUCACCUUGUUAUUAAAUGUGUAAAGAAUUUGUUUACAGUGUAAUUUUUAGGUCCCAUGUAUGUUACAACUCCAGUAAACUUUUUUUGUUCUCCAUGUUUAUCUUUUGGUAUUAUGAUAUUGGGAGACAACUGAUUUGUAUGCACGUUUGUUCUUAUUAUUUUCAGAAUACAAUAGCUUAUUUCACCUGUUGCACAAGUGUAAUCUUUGACAUUGCUUAAAAGCGCGCAACUAACUUUAACACUAAUAUCCCAUAAAUAUGUAUAAUUACCUUUGUCGUAAGUUGUAGACGUGUUACGUGCAAGCAGUAAAUAUUAAUGUGUUGUUCGGGCCGUAGCAGCCAUAUUUUAGUUAACGCGUUGCACAGGCUGAGUGGAUAGGUUUUUUUGUAUUCGUUCCAAGGACACGAAGGUCAAAAACCAGUGAUAUUUUUUUUUUGUUUAAGUUUUGUGAUACAAUGUAUCUCUCCAAGUCACACUCAUCUUUAUAUUGCGUUUCAGUGCAGUAGCCCUCGCAUUUCCCUUGUCAAGAUUACCUGUGUGUAACGCAACCACACCCUUACAUUUGUAGCACACUUACAUUUGUAGCACACUUACAUCUGUAGCACACUUACAUUUGUAGCACACUUACGUACACAUGUAUGAGCGAGAAGUACAUACGGGCCUCAUUAGGAAUUCAAGGACCGCUCACAAGUUACCUUCUUGUCUGUUGUUGUGGUUUGCAUGUACGGCUCUGUAAUAUAUUGCCAUUCGCUGUUUUGUAUUAUGUGUUCCAACUGCUGAACACAUGAUAAUCAAAAAUAAAAUAAUCAUGCAAACCAAGUCAGCCAUCUUCGAGUGGUUAUUAAAUCAUUAUAAUGACCUAUAUUUAGCUCCACACACGUAAAGUUUCGCAUAUACUUGUAACGCUGUCACAUUCAACAUGCUAAACUUCCCUGUAUGAAGCUUUCUGCAUUUUCUAGCCUUUAUAUAAUAAACUUUUCAGACUAUG